GAUUGAUUCCUUAUUACUCAUAUUUAUAUAAGUUUAAGCCACUGUACGAUUAGCAAAUCCCGCUGGCGCCCCAAUUAUACACAAUUUGAAGUUAUGGGUUUUAUAGUACAAAAUCGAUGCGUACUGUUAUCACAGGCACAGACACUGGAAAAUGUAAAUAUAUAUGAAUCAGGUGAUUUAUGAUCCCGUUUUAAAUACUAGUAUGUCCUUUAUCACAGGGAAAUCAUAUUUCUAUUUAGAAAGAUUUCUGCGCUGAUUGCAAACAUACUAAAAUAUGCGUUAAAAAUGUUGUUGGUUGUGCAGCUCAUAAAAGUGCAAAUUAAAGUAACUUAUUCUACGACCAACGUCUGUGGGAAAGAAAAGUAAGCUAUGAUUAAUUUAUUACAUUCAGUGUUUUGCUUAGACUAAUUUAGAAAUACUUCUCAAACUUUUAGAAUGAUGUCAAUCUUCUAAAGAAUUAGGUUAAAACUGUUAACUUACAGUGAGCUUUUGUUACAUGAAAUGAAAUUUUUAAGAUAAAUAAAUAUCAUUUCAGUGAGAGUAUUAAAAGCUGUACAGGAUAUUAUAAUGACGAUGGAAUAUGUAAAGAUGCGCCCAGUUUGGUUGACUUUUUUUUUUAAAAUUAUCAAAUUCAUUACACGAAAAAUAUAGGCUAUGAAUAUGUUUCUGCAAUCUUUUGUAUAGUUCAAUGUUUUGGAGCCGCUGGACCUGACUGUUUAAUGCCGUGCAAUAAUAACUCCUUUGGAUAUCAGUGUAAAAACUCGUGUGAUUGUCAAAAGCAUGAAAUCUGCAAGAAAUAUUUCGGUUGUCUGGCGAUUAGUAAGUUACGAUUUAAAGUGGCAUAUAUUUUAUUGGUGGAUUUCUACUCCACUACAGAGAUCACAGUGUCCAUGUUCUUCAAGUUUCAUAUAUAAACAAAAUAUGAGUUUAAAAGUGUAUGUAUAUAAAGUUUAUAUAAAAUAUCAAUUGUUGGCGGUGUUAGUAAAAGGAAUUAAUCUAGUUACAAAAGAACGCGUGGUUAAAAACUUAUUGAUGCUUGCUCAUUGUCAUACUAUGUAACUUUUUUAAAAAAGCUAUGAUAUACUGAUUUGGCAGUAGCAACAGAAUAUAAAAAAAAAUCUUCUGUAUAAAUGGCAUUUUUUUAUUUUAUAAAAUUUAGAUUCAAACACAUGUUACCGGUUCUCUCCAUGUACAUAUAGUUUGCUUUUAUAUUGGCCGACUGCCAUGAAAAUAAAUCACGUGAUGUCUGAUCAUUUAAAGUGUAUAAUAAUAAAUGCUCAGAUAUAAACACGAGGAAAAAAGUUUUUCGUUGCAGAAAGAUCAUUGGCUUCAAUGCGAAAAUGCUAAAAUACGCGUUAACAACUAUAAUGGUUGUGCCGUACAUGCAAGUACAAAGUAACGGCACUAAUUCUACGAAUAAUACCUGCAAAAGAGAUAAUGAAAGUAUUAAAUGCUGCACAGGAUAUUAUAAACACGAGGGGAUAUGUGAAGAAUGUUUUGGAGCCUAUGGGUUUAACUGUUCAGAGCCAUGCGCCGAUGAUUAUUUUGGAUAUCAAUGUAAAAAUCAAUGUAACUGUCAGAAUCACGAAAUCUGCAAUAAAUACGUCGGUUGUCAAACAAUUAAUAAAACGGACAGCAGCACAGAGUGUCAUAACACAAUGCUUUUUUUGGUGAUUGGAUCCGGAUCAGCCAUGCUAUCACUCGCAUUGGUGUUUGUUGGUGCCAUGUUCUAUAGGUGGCACACUAUUUUGCAAAGCAAUAUAUAUCCCACCAAAAGUCAAACAGGUUUUCAAGUGAAUGUACUACCCUUUUCUGAAAAACACGAAGUUUAUCAGGAAAACUACGAUGAUAUUCGAGAAUCUCGAAUGCUCCUUGCUGAUAAAGGAAAUUGCCACAGGGAAACUAUAGAAAAUAGACUAAGUUCAACGGAUUAUAGUCAUUUGUUCCUCAAAGGGCGCACUUCACGGAAAUCAAUUAGCGAGAUGCCUGAACAAUAUUAUAGUGCGAUUGAUGCACGCUUUAAAAGUAAAAUGCCGCUCGUCAUGAUGUCCGAAUUUCCUGAAGACGAUUGCUAUGUCAGUGUAUCUCAGCUUGCUAGGCAGAAUAAGAGAAUAUCAAAGUCAUGCUCUGAUCUAAAGAUAGAUAUGUCGGAUACACACCAUGAUAUAUAUUCAAAUCAAUGGCGCAAGGCCAAGGGGGAUACAAACAAUCGAACUAUUCUGAUAGAACAUUUAUAAUCAUUUUAAUUAUUUUAAGCAACCCCCACUAAAAGAAACGUCUUUUUAAUGUCCUUCUUUUUACCACUAUAAAUCAAAUAUCAAAAUAUGCUAAUAAUCAAGCUCGCCUUCACCACGACUAAAGAAUUACCACUGAAAGCCGUACAUGUUAAGAACACUAAUUUCUUCAGUUUUACCGCCAAGGAGAAUAAACACCGGAUUUGAUAGUAAAAUAUUGGUCAGCAAAUUUAAUCACUGGCCAUAAUUAAAAAGGAAAAUAUGAAAGGAAUAAAGAGCACAAGGAAUAAAACAAAUGUCUUAUUCUAAUCAUUGUUGUGAAUAGAUAAACAACCUGUUUGAUUUUAGACAUUAAAUUAGUCAUCAAUAAGUGUAUAUGAGACAUCUUUUAUUGCCUAAAUCCUGUUUUGGCAAUACGUGCAGCAACAGGUAUGAAGAAUUAUUUGAACACGUAAAAAAAACACUAAAAGAUUGAUGAAUAAAUGUAGGCCUAUUUUAAAACAUAAAGACUUCGUGUUAAUUUUUAAAAAGUAAUAUCCAAAAAUAUUUGCUAAAAAAUUUUGAAUAUUUUAAAGUUUUUUUGUUUUGAAAUGUAACUUCACAAAUAUCACGGCUUCAAAAAAAAUGUUGUAAAAAUGUUGAUGUAAGAUUAUUUGAGAUAAAAAAAAAAUAUGUAUAUUAUGAAUUUGUUGGUUUAUUUUCAUCAUUAAAUGCGAAUUUAAAAAUACAUUAAAUAGUUUUAGAAAAGAAUAUUUUCUAAAGUAAAUGAUGAAAUUGUGUUUAUCCAUGUAAGUUCAUGAAACCUUUUAGAGUUGAUAUGAAGUUUCAAUGUGGGCAAAAUUGAGGGGGAAAUUCAGAUUUAUUUUAAAUUUGUCAGCAUCUAAGUUGGUGUGACAGACAAAUGGUAUUUUUUAACUUUAAUGUUGUUUAGUGUACAUUACGGAAGCGUAUUAGUGCCACAUAUAAACUUCAAUG